AUGACACUUGACUUGCUUCGGAAGAUGAAUUCCAGUGCUUUGUACCACUGUGCCUUUUACUCGCUGUGUCUUGCAACUCUUGUGGUUGGGCAUGUCCAUCCAGAAUGCGAUUUUAUAACUGAGAUGAAGAAAAACGAGAAUGAGUGUCUCAGGGAUGCUGAAGACUUGGGAAAUGGGACUAAAGGUUGCAAGAAAACAUGGGACCGGUUGUUGUGCUGGCCCGAUGCAGACGCUGGAGAGACUAUUGCCUUACCAUGUCCGAACAUCCUUUUUUACUUCAUGAAGAAGCCAGCUGGCCUGGUGAGAAGAAACUGCACGAAGAAAGGAUGGUCAGAUCCAUUUCCCUCAUACCAUAUUGCCUGCCCAGUGGAAGAUGAGAUUCCCAUUGAAGAACACUCCUAUUUUUCUACGGUAAAGAUCAUCUACACCGUAGGAUAUAGCAUAUCUAUCGCCUCGCUCACCAUUGCUGUGACAGUUCUCAUUGCCUUCAGGAGACUCCGCUGCCCCAGGAAUUAUAUCCACAUCCAGCUCUUUCUCACCUUCAUCUUGAAAGCUAUUGCCAUAUUCAUUAAGGAUGCCGUCCUCUUCCAGAAGGAAGACAUUGAUCAUUGCAGUUUCUCUACAACCGAAUGCAAGAUCUCAGUUGUUUUCUGCCACUAUUUUAUGAUGACCAAUUUCAUGUGGCUGCUGGUAGAAGCCCUUUAUUUGAACAGUCUGCUGCUCUCGUCCCUCCCUCAUGGAAGAAGAUACUUUUGGUGGCUUGUUCUGUUUGGCUGGGGUUUCCCAACAUUUUUCACCCUUGUGUGGAUAUUAACCAAGUUUUAUUUUGAAGACACAGCAUGCUGGGAUAUUAACCAGGGCUCUCCUUACUGGUGGCUAAUCAAGGGACCCAUCAUCCUUUCUGUUGGGGUCAACUUUAUCCUCUUUGUCAACAUCAUCAGGAUCUUGCUGAAAAAGUUGGACCCGAGACAAAUCAACUUCAAUAACUCGUCUCAAUACAGGCGUCUCUCAAAGUCAACACUGCUUCUUAUUCCACUAUUUGGGACCCAUUAUAUUGUCUUCAACUUCCUCCCUGAAUAUACCAACCUGGGAGUCCGGCUUUAUUUAGAGCUCUGCAUUGGAUCUUUUCAGGGAUUUAUUGUCGCUGUUUUGUACUGCUUCCUUAAUCAAGAGGUGCAAGCAGAAAUUGGCCGUCGAUGGCAAGGUAAGAGCUAUGGAAUAAUGCCAGUGUGGAGGAGGAGGACUAGGUGGACCAUGCCAUCCAGUUCUGGAAUCAAAAUGACUACCUCUGUGUGCUAG